GGGCUGGGGAGGAUUGCCGCUGUCUGGAAAGAGUAAAAGGGCUGCCUGCCUGGCUCCACCGUCCGCACCUGCUACCAGAAGCCUCUGGCUAAGGUACCGCCCCCAGCCCCCGCCGGGGCCGCGCGCCCAGAGAGCACUGGCCCUUUAAGAGCGGCGGCGGCAGCGGCGCGGGGAGGAGGGCUGGGAGCGCCGGGAGCUGCGCCGAACUCGCCGGGGACGUCGGGCGCCGGUUCCCUGGCUCGCUCGCUCGCUCCGACCGGCUCCCUGCGCCUCCUCCCGGGACUGCGCGGGGACCCCGGCCCGCUGGGGCGCGGGGCGAGCAGAGUCCCCGGGCGGGAGGCGCGCGCUCUGGGUAGCGCCCGGCCCUGGGCAUGGACAGAGGGAGCUGGGCGCGCAGGGGGCGCCGCGGGACCGGGCGGCCGGAGCGCUGAGCCAAACAAAGGCUCAGGAGUUGCGCUUGCUCUCGGGAACCGGGCCCCGGGUGCCCAGGCUGCGGGACCCGGCGGUUGCCCUCUCCCAAGUGGGCCGGCUCCGUGUGCCCGGACCUGCCCUGCCCGCUUCUUCUCGAGCGUGGGAAUUUGCCGAGGGUACCUAAGCGGCUCCGGGGACCGGGACCGGGAUGUCUGCCGCGCGCCCGCCGGGCGGGGAGCCAGGGAGCGUCGCAAGUUUCCGAGCCGCGUGUGGGGACCCGGCGCCGACGAGUGGGCGAGCCCCGCGUGCAGCGCUCGGGGCCCGGCUGGGCGCCGAGAGCAUGGGCAGAGACCGGAGCGCGCUCGGACGGCGGGUCUGGGCAAGCAGCCUACUUGGUGACCGGGAGAAGGCGGCACGACCGCGACUGCUGCCGCUGCUGCUGGUGCUUCUGGGCUGUCUGGGCCGCGACGCAGCGGCGGAGGACGCAGAAGUCAAUGCCGAGAACUGGCUGCGGCUCUACGGCUACCUGCCCCAACCCAGUCGCUACAUGUCCACCAUGCGCUCCGCCCAGAUCCUGGCCUCGGCCCUCGCGGAGAUGCAGCGCUUCUACGGGAUCCCUGUCACCGGUGUGCUCGACGAAGAGACCAAGGCGUGGAUGAAACGGCCCCGCUGUGGGGUGCCAGACCAGUUCGGGGUGCGUGUAAAAGCCAAUCUGCGGCGGCGGCGGAAACGUUAUGCUCUCACCGGCAGGAAGUGGAACAACCCCCACCUGACCUUCAGCAUCCAGAACUACACGGAGAAGCUGGGCUGGUACCACUCGCUGGAGGCAGUUCGCAGGGCCUUCCACGUGUGGGAGCAGGCCACGCCCCUGGUCUUCCAGGAGGUGCCCUACGAGGACAUCAGGCUGCGGCGACAGAAGGAGGCAGACAUCAUGGUACUCUUUGCCUCUGGUUUCCAUGGCGACAGCUCACCCUUUGAUGGCACUGGUGGCUUUCUGGCCCACGCCUAUUUCCCUGGCCCUGGUCUGGGCGGGGACACCCAUUUCGACGCAGAUGAACCCUGGACCUUCUCCAGCACUGACCUAGAUGGGAACAACCUCUUCCUGGUAGCAGUGCACGAACUGGGCCACGCACUGGGACUGGAGCACUCCAACAACCCCAGCGCCAUCAUGGCACCGUUCUACCAGUGGAUGGACACCGACAACUUCCAGCUGCCUGAGGACGACCUCCGGGGCAUCCAGCAGCUCUAUGGCACCCCAGACGGUCAGCCACAGCCCACCCGGCCCCUCCCCACUGUGACACCCCGGCGGCCAGGCCGGCCAGACCAUCGGCCCCCCAGACCUCCCCAGCCCCCACCCCCAGGUGGGAAGCCGGACUGGCCCCCAAAGCCAGGCCCCCCUGUCCAGCCCCGAGCCACGGAGCGGCCUGACCAGUAUGGCCCCAACAUCUGCGACGGGGACUUUGACACGGUGGCCAUGCUGCGCGGGGAAAUGUUCGUGUUCAAGGGCCGCUGGUUCUGGCGGGUCCGGCACAACCGAGUCCUGGACAACUACCCCAUGCCCAUCGGGCACUUCUGGCGUGGUCUGCCCAGUGACAUCAGUGCUGCCUACGAGCGCCAAGAUGGGCGUUUUGUCUUUUUCAAAGGUGACCGCUACUGGCUCUUCCGAGAAGCGAAUCUAGAGCCUGGCUACCCACAGCCGCUGGCCAGCUAUGGCCUGGGCAUCCCCUACGACCGCAUCGACACGGCCAUCUGGUGGGAGCCCACAGGGCACACCUUCUUCUUCCAAGAGGACAGGUACUGGCGCUUCAAUGAGGAGACGCAACGUGGAGAUCCUGGCUACCCCAAGCCCAUCAGUAUCUGGCAAGGGAUCCCCGUCUCUCCCAAAGGGGCCUUCUUGAGCAAUGAUGCAGCCUACACCUACUUCUACAAAGGCACCAAGUACUGGAAGUUCGACAACGAGCGCAUGCGUAUGGAGCCUGGCUACCCCAAGUCCAUCCUGCGGGACUUCAUGGGCUGCCAAGAGCACGUGGAGCUGGGACCCCGGUGGCCUGAUGUGGCCCGUCCGCCCUUCAACCCUGACGGCGGUGCAGAGCCUGGGGCAGGCGGCGACAGCCAGGAGGGUGAUGAGGGCCAUGAGGCUGGCCCAGGUGCUGGGGAGGGGGACUCUGAGGAGGGGCCGGACGUGGAUGGGGGCAGCCGCGUGGUGGUGCAGAUGGAGGAAGUGACACGGACGGUGAAUAUGGUCAUGGUGCUGGUGCCCCCGCUGCUGCUGCUCCUGUUCAUCCUGGGCCUCACCUACGCGCUGGUGCAGCUGCAGCGCAAGGGUGCUCCGCGCAUGCUCCUCUACUGCAAGCGCUCCCUGCAGGAGUGGGUCUGACCCCCACGGCCCCUCUUGCUCCUCACGGUGCUAAGGGGCCAGGCUGGCGGUGCCGGUGGUGCCAGUGGUUCUGAGACGGUGGCUCCUGGGGCGCCCAGCAGAGGCCUUUGGUGGCUCCCUCAGCCCCUGGGGGGGCCCUCCAGGCCCUCCAACAUCCCUGCCAGCCCUGCCCCCAUUGUUUAUUUAUACCCAGGUAUCUUUUUUUUUUUUUUUUUUUUGCACACUAACUGAGCAUUUGUUUCUACUUUUCCUGACCAGGGGCAGUCCCUCAGGGUAGGGGGCUCGACCUUUCUUAAUGGAGUUUUGCUCCACACCGGGAAUUAGGCCCCCACCCACCUCUGGCUUGGCAACAGCCAGCCUAGUGGAGGGUCAGAAGGCCCAGGUGGGAGAGCGGUUGACGUGCUGUCGAGCUGUCCAGGUUCUUCCCACCCUGGGCCCUCCUCAGCCUGAGCCCCAGGAGACUGGUUGGCUUUGGAGACUGGUGGGGCCUAACUGGUCUUUACCCACCUGAGUCUCUCUCUGCCUUAGGAAGUGCUUUCACCCAGGGCUAGUCCCAGGCGGGAGGGGACAGAGGGGAAGGUGACCACUGGCUGUGAGUUUCUGUUGCGUUUCGGUCCCUCCCAGCCCACCUCUGACAACCCCAGUAGCCCGGGCCCCUUGUGCCUAAGAACCCCACCCUACCCUGCCCCGGGCCAGCCAAGGGGCCAGAAGCUCCCAGCUGCUGCGUACCCCUUGAGCCCACACCUCCUUUUCUCUCUGGAGAAGGGGUUCUGGGCCACCUUAUCAAGGACCAAAAGAGGUCUGCCAAGGCCCCUGUACCCCAGGAGCCUCGCCUCCCAGGCUGGGCCUCCAAGCCCCUCCCUGUCUACUUUCUCCUCCUCUCCUGAGCUGUGACCCACCUGGGCUCCUUCUCGGGGCCUCCUCCCACCCUGUCUCACCCACACCACCAUCCUCAGUCUCCAGCUGCCAGUGUCCUGGCUCUCUCUGGGAGACAGGGGGCUGAUAGGUGCCCAGGCUGAGGUGGCAGAUGUCCACAGAGUAUGCCCACCUGUGUGGGUAUCCACAGCCCUCCCCAUACCAGGCUUGGGGGCUUCCUCCCCUCCAGCUCCCUGUCUCCCAGGGCAUUGGUGGGAGAGGUCAGUCGCUUGUCCCCCACGCAGACUGUGGGAGGGCUGUGGGCUCCCGCAAGGAGCGCACUAUAGCCUGGAGACUCCCCUCCUCCUGGGCUCAGCCCUGAGGGCAGAGACGCUUCCUCCACUCUCUUCUUUCCCAAAGCAAGCAGAGGGAGACUGCUGUGCGAAAUGGUACUGUACAGCCGGCUCUGUCCCCGCUGCUUCCCGCAGCUCUGAGCAAGCGGGGCUGCCACCCAGAAGCAGGAGGCCCUCGGAGGGAGGGGCUUCUCAUGGGCUGGUCCCCGACUGCAGGUCCAGCAGCUUCCUCCCCCUUCGUCCUCAGAACAGGAGAGUCAGCCAAGGGGUAGAGGGGGGUCCAUGUCUACCCCCAUAUGUUUCUUUCUGUAAAUAAUCUGCACUGAUUAAAUUGUACGGCCGGCGAGUGUGACCUCCUUUGUAAGUGGCCCCACGCCAGAGCUUACAGUUGGAGGGGCUGCAGGUGACAGGGUGGAGUCCAUGCUGGGAUUAGGGAACUUGCCCCCACACCAAAGAGACCUCAUUCCCAGUUUUGCGGGGGCUCCUUCCUAGUGGUCGUGGAAGGGGAGGAGCUGGGGUAAGAGUGACAGGUGGCUGCCCUCAAUAGACCUGAGGAGGGCCAGAUAGGGCACUGGAAAUGGCCCCACUGGGGUGGGACAGGGAAGGAAUGGGGAAGGCGCUUGCCAUUCAUUCGUGGUUAGAAAGGACAACUCAGCUUCCCGCAUUUCCUGCAUGUCUAGGAGGAGUGGGAAAACAGGCCAGGCCACUCGGCCCUCCACCUAUCCAGACUGGGUUCUGGGCAGACUGACGACCCAGUUUGGAUAGGAAGAAGAUGGGAAAUGGUGCCAAUGGUGGAUUCCAAAAGUUCCCCUCACCACAUGCUCUGCUCAGAGGGUGAGGGGACACCCAAGGUCUGCCUUCUCAUCUUUGAAGCAGCAGACAAUCUCACCCUGAGCAGGGUGCAGAUGAUGCCCAGGAGAGCAGGAGACAAAUACUGCUUUCCUCCAGGUCUGGGUGAGCCUUGAACCUCACAUCCAUCCUCGGGGCCAAACCUAUUGGGUUCUGGCCUGCACCCCAGGAAUGCAAUGAUCAGCUGUAUUGGGCUCUCCCCCACCCCCAAGCAUGGAGCAGUUCAGGCUCCACAAUGCCUCAGCAGGGUCCUUCAAACCUGUUCCAGGCCCCACCCUCCCCCACAGCUGCAUACCCCCUCCUUUGCCCCCCUUGAUCCCACCCUUUCCUCUCUUUGUAUUGAAAACUGGCUGAGGAGAGUAGGAAAUGCUGGCUCUGGGAAGCCCCAAAGGCCUCUCAGGCUCAGCUAGGAAAUGGCCUGUGAGCAACCCCCACACUCAGGGGCCUUGGUGGGCGGCAUGGGGGUCCAGGGCAGACGUCAUCUUGUCAGCCUUCCUACGGCAGAAGCCACAGGGCUCCACCCAGGUCUGCCUGAAGCCUGAAGCCUUAGAGUCACCCAGAAGCCCAGAGGUCACCAAGCAGGUGGAGGCGGUGUGGGGAUACAGGGACGAGAAAGGAGAGGAUGAAAGGCCUUUCUCCUUGAGCCCUUCGUCAGAGCCCAGGCCAGAGGAGAGACCUGGCAAAGGCGUCCACUCCUCAGGAAACUGCCUGAGGAGCCUUCCACCCCCAAUAUCUCUGGUAAAAUCUCAAAGAAACCCAGGGGCUGAAGGAUCCGCCCAUCUCAGGAGCCCCUUUCUCCCUCUGGGACCAGAUGUGAGAAGGCGGUAUGUGGGGAGGAUGGGUGGAGUACCUCAGCCUGCCCCCACCCCCAGAGAGCCCUGGGGCCCCAGCUGGAGCACCCCUCCUCCCGGCUAUUAAACAGCAGCCUGCAUCUUUACAUUGUUUUUUUGUUUAUUAUGGCUGUAUCCUAACCUCAGCUUGGGACUCUGGCAGCUCCAUUCCCUCAGCAUUGUUUGUUCCUUUAUAUUUGCUAAUUCCCAAGUAAGACAAUUCAGAUAUUACAGAUAAACAAAAGGAAGAAGAAUAUAAGUCACCUGAAUCCCCCAGUCACUGUUGACAGCUUGUGUUUCCUUCCAGCAUUUUUUUCCUCUGCAUUUGCACAGCUCAGAGUUUCAGAGUCUGAAACAUCCUGGGGUUCAGCCCUGCUGCUGCCAGAACUUAAACCUCAAUGGAGUGGGUAACAGGACCUACCUCCCAGGCUGCUGGGAAGAUGAAUAGAGGACGGGUGGCUGUAAAGUGCUGGUGAUAGGACCUGGCCAGCACUUUGGUCCGCGUGCGAGCGCAACCGCAGUCGACUUGCGUGCUCCCCCACUUAGAUUUUACUCAUGAGAAAACGGGCUUAGAGAAGUGAGGUGACUUUGCCAAGGUCACACAGCGAGGACAUGGCCGUGCCAGGAUUAGAACCCAGGCGGACUGACUUGCACAGAAGCUCAGCCCCACCCCACCCUGGUGUUGCUGCAGAAUUGAGACAGAAAUGAGGAGCCCUGCCCAUGCAGGCCUUCCCUCCCCGCUCAUUCUAGCAUCGAAGACCCCAGGGCCACCAACAGAGCCUCCUUUCAGGCUGGGGCAGGGGCCAAGCUGGCCGCUUCCUCCCCCUCUGACUUGGCAGAAAAGCCUUUUUGUUGUGGCUCACACAGAAGCCAUUCUCCUCCAGCUCACGGGGAGGAAUGGCUGGCUUCCUGUUCAUCCACCGCCGCCCAGACUCUGUGGACUCCUCCGUGUAGGUCCGAGAGGAGCAGGCUUCCUCACCCUCCACGUCUUCCAGU